AUGCAGUCACUCGUUUCUGCCAUGACGAGUCUACGGAGUGCCCUCAUCGCCGCCCUCAAGUCCCUUUUGAAGGGCAGGUCCUUCAUCCAGGCCAUCCUUGCCUUUUGGGUGAACCCCAACGACGAGUCCAAGCCGGCUGGGAACGCACAUAGUAACGCCGCAGCUGCGUCGUCAUCACAAGCAUCCAAUGUACCACAACAAGAAAGCAACGAACACGCGCCACAAGAGGAUGUUGCGCCAUUAUCAAAAAAGACAACCGCCACGGUCACCGUAACAUCUUCUCACUCUUCGCCAUCCUCAUCGCCGGCUUCGCUGCCCACAUCACCCGCUUCACAAGCUACCAUCUCACCGCCCUCCUCACCGGAUCAGCAACCCCGUCUCUCUCUUAACAAGAGCAAGGGUACGACCAGCACGAAGACAUCAAUAGAGCAAUUUCUCCGAGAUGCCGAGCGGACGCUGCUGCAGCCCGUCCAGGGCCGCAACCUCAAAGAUUUUGCUACGGGCCUCCAGGCCCAGUUCCGUGAUGGCCUUUUGAACAACGCCGCCUGCAUGCUGCCGUCGUACAACCACCAGUUGCCCAAUGGCCGUGAAAAGGGACGCUACCUGUCGCUCGAUGUCGGUGGUUCGACGCUGCGUGUGGCGCUGAUCGAGCUCCGGGGCAAGGCGUCGGAGGACGACGCGGUCAAGGGUGCCGAGACCAUGGUCAUCUUGAGCAAAGCAUCCUUCAAGAUCACGCCAGAACUGAAGAAGCUUGAGGGCAUGGCCUUCUUUGACUGGAUGGCUGUCCGUAUUCUUGAGACCAUCAACAAGGCCGAGACCAGCACUACCCGUGACAACAGCAAUGCCGACUACCCGCUGCCUGUGGGCCUCGCCUGGAGUUUCCCCAUCGAGCAAACGUCUCUUCGAGGUGGCUUUCUGCAGGGCAUGGGCAAGGGCUUCCGCGCUGCCGACCCGCUGCUGGGCCAGGACCUCGGCGACAUCAUCCAGACUGCCUGUCUCGCCCGUGGCCUGCAUGUCGAGCUGGCCACUAUUGUCAACGAUUCCACCGCCUGUCUCCUGUCCGAGGCAUACGUCCAUGCUGCCACCCGCUUUGGUCUUAUUCUAGGCACGGGUGUCAACAUCGCCGUCCACCUGCCCGUCCCGACUGUCGGUCGCUCCAAAUUCGGGGCCCGUCCUGACGCAUGGUUCGAUGAGGCCAGUCAUGUCAUUAUCAACACCGAGCUCGGGAUGUUUGGCCACGGUAUCCUGCCCGUCACCCGCUGGGACGCCCUGCUCAACGCCGAUCACCCUAAACCCGAGUUCCAGCCCCUUGAGCACAUGGUCUCGGGCUACUACCUGGGCGAGGUGACCCGCUUCGCCCUUCUCGAGGCUGUCAACACCGCAGGUCUGUUCGGUGGUGUCGCACCGCCGUCACUCCUGACUCCCUAUGCCCUCGAUACCGAGACUCUGUCCGUGAUGGGAACUGACAAAUCUCCCACGUUGGAAAUGGCCACAGCUGCUUUCCACCAGAAACACCCAACGGCCUCGGGCAUGCCGCCCGCGCACUCCGACAUCCUUGCCGUGUGCACACUCGCUUUUCUCAUUGCCCAGCGGUCUGCUGCCAUCGUUGGCGCCUCUGUGUCUGCCCUGUGGGCCCUCAAGGCCGAGACGGAGCAGGAGUACAUCCAUGCGCUGUCCACUGCGUCGCCUACCGCUGUCCGGGCACAGCACAGCAAGAAUGCACAGGCCGAGCUCUCCAUUAUGCACGCCCGCACCGUUGUCGCCUUCAACGGCUCCGUCAUCGAGCGCUACCCGCACUACCUGGAGCAGUGCCAGGCCGUGAUCAACUCGCUGGCAGCUUCAUCCGCAGGUUCCAUUGACUUGGUCCCUGCUGAGGAGAGUUCAUUGCUGGGUGCUGCCGUGUCGCUGGCUUGCCUGGGAGCAUGA